UGAUGAUUUUGAUCUGAUUUCAUCACCAAGUGUAAAAACGAACAUUUCUUUUGUCACACAUUAAGGAAAUACAAGCACAGUCUUUUCCGUCUAUCUAUACCCUUCCAUUGAACCUUCAUCCGCCAAAUUUCAUUAUCGACUGAAUCAAUCAUCAAUACAAUUCACACAGUCUUCAUCAAAAAUUCGACAAAAUGCCGCCAAAGAAGGGAAAGGGCCAGCAGGAUCAGCCCAAGAAGGCACCUGUAAGCGUGGCAGAUAAAACUUUCGGUAUGAAGAAUAAGAAGGGAGCCCAAGCGCAAAAACAAAUCGAGCGCAUGCAAACUUCGUUUAAAGCUGGAGGUACUCCCGAUGACAAGAAAAAACAGGCCGAGAAAGAACAGAAAGAGAGAGAGAAGGUAGCAUCAGAAGCGGCGAAGAAGGAGGCGGCUGAGUUAUUCAAGCCUGUACAGGUCCAGAAAGUCCCAUUUGGUGUAGAUCCCAAGACGGUUCUAUGUCAAUUUUACAAGAAGGGUCAUUGUGAAAAGGGUAGGAAGUGUAAAUUCUCACACGAUCUGAAUAUUGAGCGGAAAACAACAAAAAUCGAUCUUGCCCAGGAUCCACGAGAAGCAGAAGCAGAGAAGAGAAAAGAAGAGACUUCAGACGACUGGGACGAAGAGAAAUUGCGCUCCGUUGUAUUAUCGAAGAAAGGAAAUCAAAAGACUACAACAGAGAAAGUCUGCAAAUUCUUCAUCGAUGCUGUGGAAGAGGGAAAAUAUGGUUGGUUUUGGACUUGUCCGAAUGGAGGAGACAAGUGUAUGUACCAGCAUAAACUACCACCAGGGUAUGUCACAUCAAUUUAUUUAAUCAUCUACGCUUCUCUAAUAAUAAUAAUAUAGAUUCGUUCUCAAAACCAAAGAACAGCGUGCAGCGGAAAAGGCCCUCAUGGAUAAAUCACCUCUCAAGACACUUACAUUGGAAGAUUUCCUUGAGUCAGAACGACAUAAGCUUACAGGCACAUUAACACCGGUCACUCCUGAGACUUUUGCAAAGUGGAAAGCUGAACGUAUGGAUAAGAAGGCUGGCGAAGAACAAGCUAGACUUGCCAAGGAAGCUACUGGUCGUGCUAUGUUCGAGAAGGGAGAUUGGGAAGCGAGCGGAGAUGAGGAUGAUGGUGAUGAUGAUAAUGAUGAUGCAUGGAACAUGGAGAAAAUGCGACGAGAGACCGAGGCUUUACGUGAGAAGAAAGAAGCUGAGAGAUUGGCCAGCUUGUAUGGCGGAGCAGCAACAAGUAGUAGCAACGAAGCUGCAUCUCAGAUCGUCGAACCUGUAUCAAACGAGGAGGGGGAAGCCUCCUAAUCAAUUCAAGAUACACGAGAUAUAAAGUCAUUACCUGAAACACCUUUGAACUUUAGCGUCAUUAUGAAAUGGGAAUGUGAAUUUGGAUCAAUGGGAUUUAUAUUUGGAUUUCGGUUGGUUUUUCCGUGGAUGGUUUCCCGCGGUGAUGAGAAAUGAAUAUUUCACCCGUCUUUUACCGAAAACAUACUGAUUCCUCAAGGCACAACAAGCCACCUUGCAGUGGAAUUACAUCUGCGUUCAUGUCAUAUCAAAUUAAUCAUCACUGUUAUUCCAACUAGAUCCGGAUAUUUAAGUCAUCACAUUUUGUCACAUGUGGUUGGUUAGAUGGAAGGAUAAAUGAAUAAAUGAAAAUGCGCAGUAGGUACAGAACUGUAUGUAUGUAUGUAAUAGGUAACUAAAUAUCAUAUACACUCAAAAAAAACGCUCCUUCAUUAAAUGAUAAAAACGCAUCUACU